AUGGCCGCGUCGUUUAGCGGCAUCACCAAGGUGCAGAUGCGCAAGUUCAUGGACCAGUACGAGGCGUACGCCCGUGAAGUUAACAUCGCGAACGCAAAGCGCCCUGUUGGUGCUCACAUCCAGCGCACGCCGCUGAGCGCAUGCAUCGACCCGUUAUCGGUCGAGCGCAUCGCGUACUGGGAGAUCGGGAAGGCCAGUGAUGAGCUGACGGAGGAGGACUGGAAGGUUUUCUUCCUUGGUGCCAAGCACUACGAUGCUUUGGACAUGUCCAAGUUGGUCGCCGCGAUGGCCAAGCUUAAGAUGGACACGACCGUGCAGUCCGCCGAGUCCCGGGUGUCAAAAUUAGUCUAG